AUGGAGAAUGCCGAAGGUGCCGGCCAGCAUGUGCCCGAGCAGAGCUCGCCCGCCCAGGGGCCAGCCCAGAGCAUCGCUCCACAGGGCCCUCAGGGAGACCCGGGCCAGCUUCUUUACCACGAGGAGACCAUCGAUCUCGGUGGAGACGAGUUCGAAUCCGAGGAUUCGAAUAAUUUCGCGGAUAAGCUCGAUGAGCCCCUGAUGGAGAGCGUGCUCAUCUCCGACUCCCCAAACAACAGCGAAGAUGACACGGGUGACCUGGGGUGUCUGCAGGACGUGGGUGAGCCCGCCGAGGGCAGUGGCGAUCACAGGCUGGGGCCCUGCGCAGAAGAGGGCACGCUGGGCUCUCUGAGUGACGGCGGUGAGAGUGAUGGCGGGGACACGCCUCAGGACGUCUCAGACAUGACCCCUGAUAGCAGAGCGUCAUUGAAAGAGGACCCCGAGCGUGGCGACGUGGAAGACCCGCCUGCUUCUGAACACAGGGGUGCAGAGGACCCGGGUCCGGGGGCUGAGCGGGUGCCCGCGGCAGGUCCGCCGUCAGGAGCGUCCCCCCGGCAGCCAGCCCCCAAGGACGAGCCGGUGCCCGUGUGCACCAUCUUUAGCCAGCCGCCCCCCGGCGCCCCCACCCCAGCCCUGCGUGACGGCUUCGAGUCCCAGAUGGUGAAGUCCCCCAGCUUCAGCGGCGCCAGCGAGGCUGCCCCCAGGACCCCGCCCCAGGCGGUCCAGCCGAGCCCCAGCCUCAGCAAGUUCUUCGGCGAUCCGACCGGCAGCAGCUCCUUGGCCUCGGACUUCUUUGAUUCUUUCACAACCUCCACCUUCAUCUCCGUCAGUAACCCCAACGCCAGCCCUUCCCUUCCGGAAAGCCUGUCUUCGCUCGCCGCUACCCCCGUGGGAGGAAGCUCCCCGGGUUCCAUGGAUGCUGCCUCCUCCCCAGGGGUGGAGAGGCGAGGGUCGGGUGUCUCCACGGCGCCUCUGGAGAUCUCGCAGUCCCCAAAGCCGUUCUCACAGAUCCAGGCGGUGUUUGCCGGCAGCGAGGACCCGUUUGCCACUGCCCUGAGCAUGAGCGAGAUGGACCGGCGAAGCGACGCCUGGAUCCCCGGGGAGGCGACCAGGAGCGUCCUGGUCUCGGUCGCCACGCAGCAGUACGGCUCGGUGUUCGUGGACAAGGAAGACCUCACCAUGCCCGGCCUCAAGUUCGACAACAUCCAGGGAGAUGCAGUUAAGGACUUAAUGCUUCGCUUCCUGGGUGAAAAAGCAGCAGCAAAGAGACAGGUGCUGACCGCCAGCUCCGUGGAACAGUCUUUGGUUGGACUGAAGCAGCUCAUCAGCUGCAAGAACUGGCGGGCUGCGGUGGACCUGUGCGGGCGGCUGCUCACGGCCCAUGGCCAAGGAUACGGCAAGAGUGGGCUGCCGACUAGCCACACGGCGGACUCCCUGCAGCUCUGGUUUGUGCGGCUGGCGCUGCUGGUGAAGCUGGGCCUGUUCCAGAACGCCGAGGUGGAGCUGGAGCCGUUCGGCAGCCUGGACCAGCCGGACCUCUACUAUGAGUACUACCCGCACGUGUACCCGGGGCGCAGGGGCUCCAUGGUCCCCUUUUCCAUGCGGAUCCUGCACGCCGAGCUCCAGCAGUACCUGGGGAACCCCCAGGAGGCCCUGGACCGGCUCCACAGGGUGAAGGCCGUCUGCAGCAAGAUCCUGGCCAACCUGGAACAGGGCCUGGCGGAGGAUGGGACCAUGAGCAGCAUCGCACAGGAGAACAGGCAAGCCUCUGUGCAGCUGUGGCGGUCCCGCCUGGGCCGGGUGACGUGCUCCAUGGCCAACUGCCUGCUGCUCAUGAAGGACUACGUGCUGGCCGUGGACGCGUACCGCGCGGUCAUCCAGUUCCACCCAGAGCAGGAGCCCCAGGUGCUGAGCUGCAUCGGCCGCAUCUUCCUGCAGAUUGGAGACAUAAAAACAGCUGAAAAGUACUUUCAAGACGUAGAGAGAGUAGCACAGAAAUUGGAUGGACUACAAGGCAAAACCAUGGUUUUGAUGAACAGAGCUUUCCUUCACCUUGGUCAGAAUAACUUCGCGGAAGCGCACAGGUUCUUCACGGAGAUCCUGAGGGUGGACCCGUCAAAUGCAGUGGCCAACAACAACGCGGCCGUGUGCCUGCUGUACCUGGGCCGCCUCAAGGACUCGCUGCGGCAGCUGGAGGCCAUGGCCCAGCGGGACCCGCGGCAGUACCUGCACGAGAGCGUGCUCUUCAACCUGACCACCAUGUACGAGCUGGAGUCAUCCCGCAGCCUGCAGAAGAAGCAGGCCCUGCUGGAGGCCGUGGCCAGCACGGAGGGCGACUGCUUCAACACACAGUGCCUCAAGCUGGCCUAG